GCAGGGGCGUGGUCUUACACGCACCUCCUGGCAUCGUUUUUGAUUCAUUGUUAAAAUAGAGGCUGUGACUCUGGCACUAGUACCUCCAUCGCCCCGUGAGUGGAAACCCGAGUCCAGGGAGGAUUUUUCUUCCAGUUUGUUGGGGGUCGUGAAGAAAACUGGAGUCAGAAGGGGCUCAUGAAGAACCCCUGUUUAGCUUCCCUGGAAAAGGAGCCACAUUCUCCAUCCAAGAGGACGCUCCUCUCGGUGACUGAACCAAAAAAGAACAGCCCAGGCCCCACCUAGAGAGCCAGCCACUGUGGCUCACCUGCUAUGGAGGAAGCGACUAUGAAUGUUCCAAGUGUACACUCUGAAGCCAGUGUAUCUGCCAAGAGCCACUGUCUGAGCUGCUGUCACCCUGGGGAUGUCCAUGGAGCAAGACACCAGAGCACUUCUGCCCACCCAGGGCACUGCCUGGGCUACAGCCUCUGUUCCAGUCGCCAGGCUCCAGGGUCCCCAGGGAGACUCCCACCAGGCCUGCUCUCAGGAGCCUCACAGCCCUCCCAGUGCUGAGGCACCCUACUGUGACCUGCCUCGCUGCCCACCGGCCCUGCAGGACCCACUCCACACCACCACCUGUGUUGGCCAGUCUGUGGACAACCUUGGUCUUGGCCUUGACCAGGAGCCUCAGAGGAUUGGGUCCCCAACAACAGCUCUCCCUGCAGACCCAAGGAACAGGCACCGGGACCCCGAGGCGAUACCCUAUCUGGAGGGCCCGGCCUAUAGCACUGACGAACACAAAGACGAGGACCCCAACUCCAAUACCAGCUCCAGCCAAGACAGCAAUACCCCUCAUGAUACCAGCAAUUCCUCUUCUGUGCAGGAUUGGGACACUGUUGAGAGGCCUGGGGUGGUCCCCAACAGGAACAGACUCACCAUGAUGAUCCCAAGGAGGCCUCAGGAGGGGUUGAGAACUGACAGUGCUCAAAAGGUCACCAGGUCCCCAGCCAGAGGAGACACAGCAGGCCAGAGGAAGGAGAAUUCUGGCAGUGGUGGACAGAGCGCUGGCCAGCACUGGGUGAAGCUGCGAUCAGAAAGCGGCUACUUCUCUCUGGAGCGACAGCGCUCAGGGCAAACCCAGGCUUCCUCUGGGACACCACCAAGCGGACCUCGGACCACCACCCAGGCUUCUUCUGCUCAAAGGGAUGUUUCCCAGGCUGCUUCUGCACAAGAAGCUCCCCAAACCUCCUCUCUGCCCCGAAACACCCAAAGGGAUACACAGCGAAGCACCCCUAGAACUUCCUCUCCUUCAAGAGUAUCCCAGAGGGAUACUCCUAGAAUCAUGUCUACCCAGCGAAAGAAUACUCCACUUUCCUCUCCCCUCAGACCCACUCCAGAGACCCUGAAGACCUCUGCUCCAGAAGAUGGUCCCCAUGUUACAUCACCUCUGUGUGCCCAAGACUCCUCUCUCAAUAGAACCACCCAGAGGGACAGCUCUCGAACUUCCUGUGCCCAGAGAAACAAUCCCAGAACCUCAUCUCCCAACAGAACCACCCAGCGUGAUAACCCCAGAACUUCUUGUGCCCAGAGGAACAAUCCCAGGACCUCCUCCCCCAACAGAACUACCCAGCAGGAUAACCCCAGAACUUCUUGUGCCCAGAGAAACAAUCCCAGAACCUCAUCUCCCAGCAGAACCACCCAGCAUGAUAACCCCAGAACUUCUUGUGCCCAGAGGGACAAUCCCAGGACCUCAUCUCCCAACAGAACCACCCAGCAGGAUAACCCCAGAAUGUCUUGUGCUCAGAGAAACAAUCCCAGGACCUCCUCUCCCAACAGAACCACCCAGCGUGAUAACCUCAGAACUUCUUGUGCCCAGAGAAACAAUCCCAGGACCUCCUCUCCCAACAGAACUAUCCAUCAGGAUAACCCCAGAACUUCCUGCGUAUCACAGAAUACCCCCAGGACCUCUUCUACUCAAGUAGACAAGACUACAGCUUCCUGCAGCAGAUGGGAACAUCUCCGAAGCGCCUGCACCCAACGAGACAACCCCAGGACCCUCUCUCAAGGCUGUACCCAAAAGGACAAUCCAGGCCCAUCCUCUCCCCACCGUGCCACUCAGGGGAGUAGCUCCAGGAAUCCUUCUCCCCACCGUACCAACAAAGAUAUCCCCUGGGCUUCCUUUCCCCUUCGGCCAACCCAAAGUGACAGUUCCCGAACCUCAUCACCAUCACGCACCAAACAAAACCAGGUGCCUUGGGCAUCCAUUUCUCUCCGGCCAACCCAAGGGGACAAGCCUCAAACCUCAGCUCCUAGCAAGCUAGCUCAUAAUGACCCUCCCCAGCAGUAUUCGCCAUCCCUGGCCACCUCCUCCUCCUCCUCUCAUAACCCUGGCCAUCCCAGUGCCUCUAGGACUUCAUCGCCUCUUCACCCAGCACCACGAGGGGCUCCCCAGACCUCUUUGGAGCCCUCUCAGCCACCAUGUGCUGUGUGCAUUGGGCACCGGGAUGCACCUCGCGCCUCUUCCCCGCCGCGCUAUUUUCAGUAUGACCCUUUCCCCUUUUUCCCAGAUCCCCGCUCGUCUGAGAGCGAAUCACCCCACCAUGAACCCCCCUACAUGCCCCCUGCAGUGUGUAUUGGGCAUCGUGAUGCCCCCCGGGCCACUUCACCACCUCGUCACACCCAGUUCGAUCCCUUCCCCUUCCUCCCAGACACAUCAGAUGCUGAGAAUGAGUCCCCCCAGCACGAUCCUCCUCAGUUUCCCCCACCAGUGUGCAUCGGGUACCGCGAUGCUCCGCGGGCCUCUUCCCCACCACGCCAGUUCCCAGAGCCCUCCUUCUUCCAAGAUCUCCCCAGGGCCAGCACAGAGAGCCUUGUCCCUUCCACAGACUCUAUGCAUGAGCCUCCCCACAUUCCCACUCCUGUGUGUAUUGGGCACAGAGACGCUCCCUCCUUCUCCUCCCCACCACGCCAGGCCCCUGAGCCUUCCCUCUUUUUCCAGGAUCCUCCUGGGACCAGUAUGGAGAGUCUUGCCCCUUCCGUUGACUCUUUGCAUGGCUCCCCACUGCUGCUCCCACAAGUAUGCAUCGGACAUCGAGAUGCACCCAGAGCCUCCUCUCCUCCCCGCCACCCACCUAGUGACGUAGGUAUCCUGGCACCCUCACCUCCACCAGGUAGCUCAGGCUCCCGGGGCUCAGCACCCCCAGGGGAGACCAGACAUAACUUGGAGAGGGAAGAGUACACCAUGCUGGCUGACCUGCCCCCACCCAGGAGGCUGGCUCAGAGGGUGCCAGAGCCCCAGGCACAGGGCAGCAACGAGGGCCGUACCCGCAGCCCUGGCCGAGCAGAGGUGGAGCGCCUCUUCGGGCAAGAGCGCAGGAAAUCGGAGGCACCGGGGGCCUUCCAGGCUCGGGAUGAGGGACGGUCACAGCGGCCCAGCCAAGGUCAGAGCCAACUUCGAAGACAGUCCAGUCCUGCCCCCAGCAGGCAGGUGACCAAACCUUCUGCCAAGCAGGCAGAGCCAACUCGGCAGAGCCGAACAGGACCUCCACAUCCUAAGAGUCCGGAGAAGCAUUCUGAGGGAGACCGGCAGCUCCAGAGGAUCGCACCACCUGCCAGGACAUCAGCCAGGCCUCCUGAGAGGAAGGCUCAGAUAGAGAGGCAUCUGGAGAGUGGCUACACAGGCCUGAGGCAGCCUCUGGGAGGGUGGCAGAGCCGGGAGGGGCUGUCAGGACCCCAAAGUCCUAACAGACACCCAGAAAAGAACUGGGGCAGCCAGGAGGAGGGCCUAAGUCUGGGAGGCUGGCCGGAACUUGGGGGUCCCAGCCUGGAGGGGAUAUGGAGGGGCCCUCCCCAGGAACACAGGGAAAGGUGGGGACAGUCAGAGGCCUGGGAGGAGCCUCCCAGUAAUGGAAUACAGGGGGGGCCCCCAAGGGGCCAAGGUAGCCUUCAGGAAUUGCCCAGGCCCCACCAGCCUCCACCUUCCCCAGAGAACUCCUGGGCAGGCCCAGCAGAAUGCUUUUGUGCUCGGCAGCCUGAAGCCGGCACUGCUAUGGGCUGGAGGGCUGAGGGAACAUCCCCACACCAGUAUAGUGCUGAGAGGCCACCCGACUUAGAUUGGAGGGACCUGCUAGGCCUUCUCCGGGCACCUGAGGAUGGGGCCUGGACCCGGCUCCCAAGGCUGGACUGGGAAGGCCUCUUGGAGCUCCUGCAGGCUAGACUGCCCCAAAAAGACCCGACUAGGCACUCGCGUGACCCAGCCAAAGCUCCAGGACCAGAGCCGGGUUCCUCAGACACAGAGGACACCCUGAAGACAGAGUCGCAGACCCAGCCUGAAGGAUGGGCCAAGGCCACCCUAGCCAAUGGACACAGGCCUGGCCAGCAGUCAGAGAGCCCCGCACAGCUACCCAGCCCUGCCUGUACCUCCACCCAGUGGCCAACAACCAAAGUGACAAGUGGACCAGAAACUUCACCUCCGGUUGCUCUGGAGCAGAUAGAUCACCUAGAAAGCCACAGCCCACCAGACCUGGGGCCCGAUCUGCUCAACUUCAAGAAGGGAUGGAUGUCGAUCUUGGAUGAGCCUGGAGAGUGGAAAAAGCAUUGGUUUGUGCUGACAGAUUCAAGCCUCAAAUAUUACAGAGACUCCACGGCUGAGGAGGCCGAUGAGCUGGAUGGGGAGAUCGACCUGCGAUCCUGCACGGACGUCACAGAAUAUGCAGUCCAGCGCAACUAUGGCUUCCAGAUCCAUACCAAGGAUGCUGUAUAUACCUUGUCGGCCAUGACCUCGGGCAUCCGGCGGAACUGGAUUGAGGCUCUCAGGAAGACUGUGCGUCCAACUUCAGCCCCAGAUGUCACCAAGCUCUCAGAAUGCAAUAAGGAAAACACACUGCAUGGCUACGGCACUCAGAAGAGCUCCCUGAAGAUAGGGGAGCAGCGGACGGGCUCUGAAGUUAUCGGCCGGGGUGGUCCUCGAAAGGUGGAUGGAUCACGGCAGUCACUGGACUACGUGGAACUCUCUCCAUUAACGCCAAGCUCCCCACAGCGCGUGCGUACUCUGUCCCGCUCCACUCCUGAACGCCCAAGCAAACAGGAGGAUCUGGAGCGGGACCUGGCACAACGCUCUGAGGAAAGACGCAAGUGGUUCGAGUCCACGGACAGCAGGACCCCAGAGACGCCCAGUGGUGAUGGGUCUCGAAGGGGCCUGGGUGCCCCACUGACUGAUGACCAGCAGAGCAGGCUCAGUGAGGAGAUUGAGAAGAAGUGGCAGGAACUGGAAAAGCUGCCCCUGCGGGAGAACAAGCGAGUGCCGCUCACUGCCUUGCUCAACCAAGGCCACAGUGAGCGUCGGGGACCUACAAGUGACAGCCAUGAGGCCCUGGAGAAGGAGGUCCAGUCUCUUCGUGCCCAGCUGGAGGCUUGGCGUCUCCGAGGGGAAGCUCCUCAGAAUGCACCCAGACUCCAGGAGGACAGCCAUAUCCCUCCAGGCUACAUCUCACAGCUGGUGGGCAUGAUCACUGUGCCCAUUUUACAGACAAGGCCACUGAGCUCUGAGAGGGUAUGUGACCUGCCCGAGGUUGCCCAGCCUGCAGGUGUCAGAGGUGGGAUUUAAGAAUGGGUCCAGCUGACUGCAGAGCCUGUGUGUGAGUCCCCGUGUGACUGGUCUGCACUUGGACCUCUUCCUUGCAUCACUGUGGGGAAGUGGGGACCCAGUGGUCCUGGGAGUCACUCCUAAUACAGGGAGAGGCUUUCCCUGCCCACCAAGGAUGUCCACAGGACUUGGGAGCCUCCAGUUUGCCCUUAGGAGUUUGCCUGAGACAGCAGUUCUCAAUGAGGGAGGGUGACUUUCUCCCUCUAGGGCAACCUUGUCUGCCCCUGGGAAAUGACUUAGUCCCCUGGGGACAUUUGUCUGUGUCUGGGGAAGAUUUUGAUUCUCACAACUGGAUAACUAGCUCACCAGAAAAAAAAAAAUGUGUGUGUGUGCUCAUAUUUAUUAUAACUUAUAAAAGGUUGUUUACUAUAUAAUGUACAAAUAAAGUCUACAAUCCUUUUAUUGUGAAUUCCAUACAGAAAUGGAUUUCCUCGGACGGCUUUAAUGAUUUCUCCAUACUCUUGUGGCCACAGCUGAUUAACAGUUACGGGCAGUUCUCAGACGUGUAUUGGUUGAUAUUUUUAUACUAAUGAGUAGCUUUUCAAGAUCAACGUUGUAAGCAAAUCUUUGUGGAACUGAACAACAGCUUUCUGUCGAGACCGAGAACAUUCUAGUCAGAAUAGUUCACCUUUGUGUAUUCUGUACAGAAGUAAUUGUAGACAUGAUACAGCGAGAGGCUCCAUCUGCGUUCCUAGCAUGUUCCCGUCACUUCCAGACAACGUGGAAGGCAGUAACUGAGUCUCAGGAUGGGACGUGGAGCAGUUUCCAUGGUGUGAGCCUCCCCGUGCGGUGGACCAGCGCUGCUGUGUAGGCUUCCUGCUGUCUGGGUGCAGUAGCCAUAAGCAAAACCAAGGCCACAUACAAUAGAAAUGCUUUGCUUUACAGAGGUGGGACGUCAGCCAUGACGUCUCUGUCUUCCUUACUUCUGUGUUGUGGUAAAGUAUCCUGAUACAGGCGCCUCAAGGGAGAGAGGGUUUCUUUGGGCUCAGGCAGGGUCCGUGGUAGGAUGGCAUGGUCACGGGAGUCAGCCGCCACAUCACACCCAUGGCCAGGACAUAGAGAUGAAGGUGCCCAGCUGCUCUUCCUCCAUGCAGAAUGGGACCCGGGGACAGGGGCAGGAAGUUGGUACAUCUCUCCUGUAUGGCGGUCUCUCCACCUCAGUUAAACUUCAGGAGACAGUUCCUCACAGACAUGGCCAGAGCCUAGCCAUAAAUAAUUUCUCACAGGCGUGUCCGGAGGCUUGUUGCCUAGGUGAUUCAUGGUCUGUCUAGGUGAUAACUGACGCUGAUGCAUUUAAGUUUUCCAAAGUAGGUUUGCUUAGCAGCAGAGUCAUGGUUCUGACUAAUCGGAUCGUCUACACCAUACAUACCAGUGCCAAGAGGAGGAGAGAAUGCUGGGAUGGGAGGAGGGGCACAGACUGAGCUCCUAGUGGCGAGUGGGUGGGGACAUUGCGACGGCAGGUGGCAGGCUAACUGGUGCCUACAGUGGAACCUCCAAGAACAAGCUGGAGUUUGUCUCCUGCAGAUGUUGAGAGUUCUCCAGUGACACACCAGGAUCUCCUGGAGUGCAGUGAUCAGAAGAGGACAAGGCCCAAGCUUGAGGAGCUAGGGCAGGCUGACUGAGAAUAGAUUGGCCGAGGUCAAAGGGAGAUUUGGAACCCUGGUGACUGGAGCCUGGGAGGGCAGGGGAGCCCUGGCAGUCCUGGGGCUGGGCUGCUACAUUAGCAGGGUCUAGCUGUUGCUGAGUUGUGGGGACAAGGGGUAGCUGAAGGGGCAAAAGUCUGGGUGACUGGUGAGGAGGCUAUCCUGGGGUUACCUGAGCUAAGGGAGGGUGGAAGUGGGGACAGUGUUGUCAGGUCCUGUCAUGGGUGGUUUCCAACCUGGGGUCCCUGAGUGGACUUCGGAGAUCCUCUCUGGGAGGGUUGGUUCUCUGGGAUCAGAGCAGCUGUAUGUGUUCCCUUUUCUAUUAGAGCAGGCUUUAGACUUCAUUUAAGAAAAACCCUGUUUUACUCAGCUGAAAUUUUAGAGGCACUCACUACAGUAGCUCCCAAGGAUGCCCAGAAGUUUGGUGUGAUCGUUGAGCUGUAGGCAGACCUGGAGCCUUGCAUUCUGCUCCUCUUCUGCCCCACUAGGCACCUCAAACCUGCCAGUGCUCCAUCUGUGUAAGUUGGCACAGGCUCGGGGCAGGUGAGACUGAGGUGCUAAAAGAUGAAGUGGAGGGACUCGGGGAAACAGUGAAGGCGGGACAGCAGACACUAGAGAGAAGAGGAAGCUUAUAAGUCCCAUGUCCCUUGGCACAGGAGAUGGUGGUUGGAAACUCAGCUGAUCCUGGAGAGGUGACCACUGGGAAGCAAUUCUUCAGCCUGUUCUCUCAGGCUGAGUGGGUGGCCCUCUUGCAGGGCUAAAGGACUCAGAACAGGGGCUUCAACACUGGGCCUACUUGCAGUAGCUAUAGGAGAAGGGCUCUAUCUUGAUGUCAUAGCAGAGAGGUGGCCAGUGUCAGGACAUCUUUAUUUUUUUUUAAUUUAUUUAUUCUUUUAUGCUAUAAGUAUACUGUAGCUGUCUUCAGACACACCAGAAGAAGGCAUUAAAUCCCAUUGCAGAGGGUUGUGAGCCACCAUGUGGUUGCUGGGAACUGAACUCAGGACCUCUGGAAGAGCAGUCAGUGCUCUUAACCGCUGAACCAUCUCUCCAGCCCCCAGGACAUCUUGAGCACUAAGAAAGGCAGGUCGCAGUUGCCACCUGGCUUGCCCUCACCCCCUUGUGAGGCCUCUCUGGUGGAGGCUGAAGCUCACAGGUGAAGCAGCAUGGUAGAGCACAGUCAGCUCAUCUCUACUCCCUAGGUGACCUACAGGGAGAGGACAGGGGCAAAGGCCCGGCAGGACAGGUGACCCCCCCCCACACACACACUCACACACACUCACACACACACACACACUCAGAACAUCGGGACCCAGCCUUUUACAUCUACAAGUCUCAGGAGUAGCUGCCCAAGAAGUGGGUGGAGGUCUCAGGGGGAACUACUCCUUCAUGUGCCCUUCCGUGUCUCAGCUUCUUCCUGGCCCUGCCCUUUUUAGUGACCUCAUACUUGUUUCUUUCUUCUUUUUUCUCUGUGCAUGUGGUAUGUUCAUGUGUGUGCAUGUGUGUACUCACCUGUGUAUGCAGGUGAAAGCCAGAAGUUAACUUUUUUUAUUUUUUGUUUGCUUGGUUUUGGUUGCUUGGUUUUUGUUUUGUUUGUUUUUACAGACGGAGACUCUGUGUAGCCCAGGCUUCCCUACUACUCACCUGCCUUGCCUCCUGAGUGCUAGGAUUAAAGGCAUGUGCCACCACACCGGGCCUCUUUAUUUUUAUUUAUGUGUAAGUGUACAUGUCCAUGUGUGAGCAUGUGUACGUGUGUGUAUGUGUGAGCAUGCGUGUGAAUGUAUAUCUUGUAUAUGUGGAUACCCACCAAGGUCAGAAAAGAGCUUCAGAUCCCCUGGAACUUAACAAGGGGUUGAGCCACUGACUUGGGUGCUGAGACGCUCUCUAGAUAUCCCCUCUUCUUUUCUUUUUGGGACCGAGUUUCACUAUGUAGCCUUGUCUGGCCUGCAACUUGGUACGUAGACUAGUCUGGCCUCAAACUCACCUCUGCCUCCCAAGUACUGGGAUUAAAAAAGUGUACCGCCAUGCCAACUACACAUUACGUUUUUCAGACAGGGUCUCUCACUGAACCUAGAGCUCGCUGCGAGCUGGGGGUCUGCCUGAUUCAUUCCCUGUAGCACCGUGGUUACUACUGUGCUGUUAGGGAUCAGGACCCAGGUCCUGAGCCACAGAAAGUAGUUUACCCACUCCCCACUCUGCCAUCUCUCGACAUCUCUUCAGCCUCCAACCCUUUUUUUAAUCAUACAAGAAACAGCCCAGCAGGAAAGCACAUACCUUUAAUCCCAGCACUUAGGAGACAGAGGCAGAGGCAGGCAGAUCUCCAUGAGUUCAAGGUCAGCCUGGUCUAGUGAGUUUCAGGGCAGCCAGAGAUAUGUAAUGAGAUCCUGAUUCAAAAAAACCAAGAAAUUAAUAAGUAAAUUACAUAAGAACAUUUACUUUUUGUUCUUUUUUUUUUUUUUUUUUUUUUUUGGUUCUUUUUUUCGGAGCUGGGGACCGAACCCAGGGCCUUGCGCUUCCUAGGUAAGCGCUCUACCACUGAAUUAAAUCCCCAGCCCCUGUUCUUUUUUUUUAAGCAGGGGUGUGUGUGUGUGUGUGUGUGUGUGUGUGUGUGUGUGCAUGUAGUUCUGGCUGUCCUGGAUCUAGCUCUCUGUGGACCAGGCUGGCCUUGAAUUCACAGAGAUCUACCUGCCUCUGCCCUCAGAGUUUGAGUCCUGGGAUUAUAGGUAUGGUCGUGCAUCAUCCCAGCAUUUGGAAAACUGUAGCAGGAUCCUCCAUGCAAGGCCAGCUUAGCUAGAGGCUAAGGUCUUUAAAAAAAAAACAAAAAACAAAAAAAAAAAAAAAAAAAAAACCACAAGAUCACAGGAUGGGCCUGGGCUUUUCUUUAGUACUAGAACAUUUACCUCGGAUGCUCAAAUCUCGAGGUUCCACUGCAAAAUCUAUCUAAAUCAAAAGGUUGGAAAUAAGCUCACAAGUGCCAUUAAUGACUCAGUGGGUAAAGUUACUUGCCUCC